AUGCCGUCAAAAACUAACAAUGGUGUGGGGAUCCAGGUCGAGGACACAAAGAUAUGUGUUGUCAUGGUCGGUCUCCCGGCCCGCGGGAAGAGCUACAUUGCCCAGCUAGCACAAAGAUACCUACAAUGGCUGUCAAUUCCAGCAGCGACCUUCAAUGUCGGCAACUAUCGGCGCCAUGACGCUCCACAGCCGACCGCUGACUUCUUUGACUUUAACAAUCCCGAGGGUGAGCGGAAGCGCCGUGCGGCCGCCGAAGCCGCCGUUGCUGACAUGCUCGCGUGGUUCCGCACCGGCGGUGUUGUCGGCAUCCUCGACGCGACCAACUCCACCAAGGAGCGCCGCAAAUGGGUUAUGGACACGUGCGCCGCUCAUGGCAUCGAGGUGCUCUUUGUCGAGAGCAAAUGCGACGAUGAAGAGGUCAUCAUGGCCAACAUCCGGGACGUCAAACUAACAAGCCCCGACUAUCGCGGCCAGGAUCCCGAGGCCGCGGCCCAAGACUUUCGCAACCGCAUCAGCCACUACGAAAAGGUGUACAAAACCAUCAAUGGCGACAACGACGAGGAUCAUUACACCUACCUCAAGUUGAUGAAUGUCGGCAAGCAAGUCAUCAUCAACCGCAUCCAGGACUAUCUUCAAAGCCGCAUCGUCUACUAUCUCAUGAAUUUACACGUCCGGCCCAGGUCCGUCUGGCUAUCAAGGCACGGUGAAUCUUUGUACAAUUUGAGCGGACGAAUCGGUGGCGACACGCUGCUGUCUCCCCGAGGCGAGAUGUAUGCCAGAAAGCUGCCGGAGCUUGUGCGAGAGUCCGUUGGGGAUGACCGUCCCCUGACAGUGUGGACCUCGACGUUGAAACGCACCAUUGCCACAGCCCGAUUCCUCCCGCCACACUACAACCAGCUGCAGUGGAAAGCACUAGAUGAGUUGGACUCGGGCGUGUGCGACGGCCUGACAUACCAGGAGAUCAAGGAUCGUUACCCCGAAGACUUUGCGGCCCGCGAUGAGGACAAGUACAACUACCGUUACCGCGGUGGUGAGUCCUACCGCGACGUGGUGAUCCGCCUGGAGCCCAUCAUUAUGGAACUGGAACGUAGCGAGGACAUUCUCAUUGUGACGCACCAGGCGGUCCUACGCUGCAUCUAUGCGUACUUUAUGAAGAAAGACCAGGCUAAGAGUCCCUGGAUGAACGUGCCGCUUCACACGUUGAUCAAGCUCACGCCCAGGGCCUACGGCACCGAGGAGGUUCGAUACGAGGCUCACAUUCCUGCUGUGAGCACCUGGCGAGGAAAGGGAAGCACGGCUAAGCACGAGAAUCCCACUCCGGAGAGCCUCUGA